CGACCGUGUUUGUUCAGUAGUCAGUCCAGUUCAGUGUUCGUUUCAGUUUUCAGUUCGUCUCGUUCUUUGCAGCUCUAGCCACCAUGAUGAUUGCGAAGGAUCGCAAAACGUGAGUUUUCCUCCGAGAGAUUCGAUUUUGGGUAAUGGUUGAAGCAGUCCCAGUAGCAAAAGUUGCAGAAAAUAAAAGUGUCAAAACGUUGAACAAGAGACAAAGGAAGUCUGGCCGAUUAUUGUGAUAACAUAUAAAACAGCCGCAGUCUGCCACAGCAAGAAGAAAAAGUGUUCGCACAAUCAUUGUAUGCGCCCGUCGUCGUCGUUGGCUGGGAUAAGAGAAACUCCCAGAAUUGGUUGCAAAAUCGCGGCCAGUUUUGAGUAAAGUGCCUGAUCACAUCGAUUGUUCUACUAAACACCAGUUAAUCUUAAAGUAAGGGUGCGCGGGUGGAUUCCGAGGAAAAAAAGUGUAGUGCGAGCUGCAGUGAAAAAAAUCUGUUUUCAUUGAUGUGAAGUUUACCUUCUACCUUACACGGAAUAUAUCCACAUGAAAGAAAAAGGAAAUGUUUUCAGUGUUGCUACUGGAAGAGGCAUCCGAAAGAAUCACCUAGUGCCAAGUCGCAAAAAAGGCACUUAAAUGUUUGUUCAUUGAUAUAAGUGAUUGUACGAAAACAAAAAUUAAACGGAGAAAAGUUUUCGUAUAAAUACGAACUGAAUAAUUGAUAUAAGUUUCUUUGUGAGCAUUCGAGAAUCCCGACUGGAUUAGUCAUUCAAAGAGAUAAGCAGCGUUAGAAACAGCAAGACGAGAAAGCUGUUCGGAUAACUAUACUUCAGGGUCCUCUGCCAGCUAGUCACGAUGGAUUCGCUGAGAAAAUGGCUAAACAAACCGAAGAUUGACGAUAAAUCUCUGCUAGCUCGGUUCUACCAUGCGGAUCGAGCACUGACAGCGGUGGCCAGCGAGUUGGACAGUUUCGAUGGCCGUGCAGAGCCGGUACGCUGCACCCGACUAGUCGGACGGCUUCGUCAGGGACAGGACCGCGUGCUAGCCAUCACCAACCAGAUCAUGGACGAACUGUUAGGCGACGAUCGGGCCCCGCGGGCUUUCCGUGCCAAAUUUCCCGAGGAGGUUCUACAGGAGAGCCUCGCCGGUCAGCUGUGGUUCGGUGCCGAGUGUCUGGCCGCCGGAUCGUCCAUCAUGAACCGGGAGGUGGAAAGCGUCACGAUGCGUCCCCUGGCGAAAGCUGUCACCAAGAGUUUGGACAACGUGCGGAACCUGCUGCGGGAGCAGUGCCUGCGUAACAACACCCCGAACAGUUUGACGCUCCGGUUGGAUGUGAAUGAUGCCGCCACGGAGCAGCUGUACGAAAGCUUGAAAAUCUUCGACCGAUUGUUCGCGGAGUUCGAGCUGCUGUACGUCAGUGCGAUGGUUCAGGUCAAGUCCAAGCAGGAGUACGAGAUGCAGGAGCUGAUCUGUGUGCUGUUCUCGGAGACGCUCCAGCGGGCGCUCAAGAUCGGUCUACUUGAGCAGGAUCAAGUGGAUGCGUACGAUCCAGCGCUAAUGUUUUCGAUUCCUCGUCUGGCGAUCGUCGCCGGGUUGGUGAUAUUCAGGGAAGGACCACUGAACAUGGAUCAGCCGGCGGACAAUAUUUCCGAAAUGUUUCGACCAUUCCGCAAGCUGCUAAUCAAGAUGCGAGACCUACUGCGAACGCUGACCAAACACGAGCUGCAUCAGCUGGAGAAGCUGCUCUGCACCAACGAGGAAAUCAGCCUGAAGGAUCAACUAAUCUGUGAUGAAAAUGGAAAUGAUAACAACCAGGCUUCGCCGCAGGGAGACGAAGUCGUUAUCGUAACGACUAAUGUUAAUAGUAAUAAUAGUAGAAAUAGUGGUAUCGAAGAUGAAGACGAGGACAGUAGUUUUUAUGGUGGUCGACCUGUAGAUAGCAGCAAUCAAAUUCUGGAACGAGUGGGAAAUGAAACUAUAAUUUCUGACGACGAUGACGAGGUGGACGAAGACGACGACGAAGAGGAUGCACUGAAAGAUGGCCUUGUAACGUCGGAUUGCGCGUCCGGUUAUCUGAUUCCCAACACGAAUUUUGGUAAUCUGCUACAAACAAAUGAAGCGCCCUUAACGGAUAGUUUUAUAGCAACAGACGAAGAGCUGAAGCCAGGAGUAUCUCCCAACACUCGGAUUGAGCAAAUACUGUCGGAAAGUAAUCAAAAACUGGUGGAUUCUGGUCUCGGGACGGCUAACUCUAGUCUGGAUCAUUCACCGGAACUAGACACGGAACGAUCGGUGACACAGAAUACAAGCGAAUCUUCAUCUUCCGAGGAGGGUGAAGUGGAUGAGUAUGAGAGACAAGAGGAUGAUGACGAAGAUAGUGGAAACUCCCUGUGCAGUAUUACGUAUCGGGUGGGUUCGACAACGGUGACGGGUACUACGGCAAAUCCCGGCACCAGCGAAAAUUCAACAAUGAAACUUUCCGGCGAAAAGCAUCACAGAUAUCGACGCCAUCGAGCGGGUAGCAUCACUAGUGGAAGAAAACACUAUUCCAAGAAUAAGAAGCAUGCGGAAGCUUGUGGAACGGUGAAGCAUGAUUCUGUCGUCGCUAACCAAAGGGAACCGUCCGUAUACUCGAGCUGUGAUACAUCACCAUCGUCGGGUUCGCAAAGCGAAUGCGGUAGCAGCAGCAGUAGUACCAGCAGAGGCGGUGAUGGAUCUCAGGAAGCUGCAAUAGCCAUUCGAGCCGCCGGAAGGAUUAAAUUCAAAACCACGGAAAACCUGCUGCAUCGUUUAUUCGUUUGUAUUGCUGGCGUCGCCGACCAGCUGCAGACUAAUUUCGCUGCAGAUCUGCGCCAGAUGUUGAAAAGUGUGUUUGUUAUCAAUUCUUCUCCCCCGGAGCCGGAAAUACCCGCGGAACCGGCGGAAAAUUCGACCGAUAAAUCGAAAGAGCCCGAUCCUGUAGAAAUGUUCGAGUUUCGGGCCAGCGAGCAAGACGUCAUCACGCCGGGUCAAAACAGUGGCGGCUCCAGUCAGAGCAUUUAUUCGGCCGAAGAGGUCAACGUUGACGAUCCGCACGACUCGGUGUUCGGCACACCAGGAACGUCGCCAGUUAGGGCUACAUCUGCACCUCGCACAAUGAUGACUACUGCCACGGAGAAUGGAAGUGUGACGGUAAAUGUGUCCGUUUCGGUUGUAACCGGUGGAGGCAAUUCAGGUGGAUCAAGCAGUCGAAGCUCGCAGGAGAGAAGUGUCAGCUUGAGUGAGACAUCGAUAGUGGUGGAAGAAAGUGGCAGCGUUGGUACGAACCUGCGCGACAAUCACCGAAGGCAUAGUGCAAUAGGCUCGAAGGGAGAAUACGGCAGAAGCCGUUCCAGUCCGAACAGUCCGCUGAACUUAUCAUCACCAUCAGACGGCCAGCAGCGACGAAUGCCGGAGGCGCCUCCCCGGUGGAUUCCCGAUGGGGACGCUCCACGGUGUAUGGCGUGCGCUUCAUCGUUCACGCCAUUUCGAAGACGCCACCACUGCCGAAACUGCGGGGGUGUAUUUUGCGGCGUCUGCUCUAGCGCUACCGCUCCACUGCCCAAGUACGGAUUAACCAAAGCCGUUCGAGUCUGCCGGGAAUGUUUCGUGCGCGAGGUGGGCGCUUGAGAUUCCAGGUGGACGGUUUUUUUUGCUUCGCGUGUGUGUGUGCGACAGAGUGUGCCCGGCGGCGGAUCUAAUCCUGCGCCGGUUGUUUUGUAACCGUAUGAUUCCUUUAGUCGUAUGUUUUAAGGUGUUUUUUUAUUUUUUUACUUGUUUGGCUUAUGCGAUGUGACGACAGAUUUUUAUACACAAGGGUAAUUCUACGCUUUAGGUAACAUUUUAUGUUGUAUUCAUUGUAGACAAAAUAGAGUUAUUCCUGACGGUUUAUUGUUUCGAUGAUGUUUUUGCUAUGUCCGGUUUAAUAACAUUCACAGUUAGCGUAAAAAUGUUCGAAUUAUGAAAACAAACCAAUAUAUCUUCUUGAAUAUGUGGGAUGGAUAGUGUUCAACGUUACUGUUUCUACCCACGGAUAUUGCUUUCGUAAAUGUCGGUUUCCAUAAGUCCUGUGUCGCAAUUUCCUUUUUUUCAUAUCGAACGUUCAAUUAACAUUCCCACGGCUAGAAUCAUAAUUUAAACGUACAAAAGACUAGUAUCGAUUGGCGAAUCCAAAUUACUGAAACUAAGACAUAUUUUAUCGAGUGGCUGAAAGAAACCGACACACAAUAGAAACAAUUCUUUUUAGUUUGAAUGUUCAACGAUAGCAUAAAAUUAAUUUUGUUUGAAGAAUAACAUUUCAUGUUA